GAUUAAGCAACACUGCCUGCCCGUAAUGAACCAGUUGCUUGAGGUAAAGGGAUAAAUUGUUAAAACACUUUAUGAAAAAUUGAAUGUUAUAAGAACACUAUUGGCAGGCUCCUAAGUUAACACAUAGCUGAACAUGAUUUGCUUGAUGCGACGUCUGCGGAACCUUCACCCAGGGCGUAAAUUUGGCUUGAAAUUGAGAUCGAGCAGCACAUCAGCAACCGGCACAUUGCCAGAAACGAAAUGCAACUACGAGGACUUCAUAGACAACCGGCAGCAGCAGGCCAAAUGCUCCAUAUUGGUGCAAGUGAGCUCAGAGCGUUCCUAUCCAGAAUUGUAUAACUACUGCAGUCGCUUUGGAAGUAUCGUAAAUGCCCAUCACUACUGCCUGCGACAUGAUGAUGAGCUCAACUAUAUUCUUUUGGAAUAUGCUCGAGAAGAGGAGGCCUCAGCGGCGAUUGAUGCUGGCGGAGUCACUGAUGAAAUGAGUGGGACACCAGUACGCUCGCCAUUCCUAUGGUUCAGAGCGUCGACGGGCAAAAAGAAGGAGAGCAUAUCCUCCUCCACCAUGCCUCAUCCAGGUCUAUUGAGCAUCGAUGGAUGUAGACCCAUAGGACAAGAGAAUUUACUUUCACUGCUUAGAAAAGCAGAGAAUAUUGACCGUCAAAUCGUUGAACUCCAUCAAAAUUCCCAACUCAAUGAUUUGGGAGUGCGGAUGCGGUUUCUGGCUGCUCUACAAAUCCAGCAGUCCAUUUCUGGCAUGUUUCCCUCAGCCCAGGCAGUGCCAUUCGGUUCAUCAGUUAAUGGUUUUGGCAAAAUGGGCUGCGAUCUGGAUUUGAUCCUGCGCUUCGAUAAGGAAAGGGGAGCCAAAAAUCAUCAGCAAACUGAACCCUCCCGUUUGAUUUAUCAUCUGAAAGAGAAUCUGAGUAAUGGCCGUUCGCAAACACAGCGACAAAUGGAAUCAAUUGGCGAUCUAUUGCAUCUGUUUCUCCCUGGUGUCUGUCAUGUUCGUCGGAUUCUGCAGGCCAGAGUUCCCAUUAUCAAAUACCAUCAUGAGCAUUUGAAUCUGGAGGUUGACUUAUCAAUGAGUAAUCUCUCUGGUUUCUAUAUGUCGGAGUUGCUUUAUAUGUUCGGUGAACUGGAUACACGUGUGCGACCUCUAACCUUUACCAUACGUCGCUGGGCCCAGAGUUGUGGCUUAACGAAUCCCUCGCCAGGUCGUUGGAUCAGUAAUUUUUCUCUAUCCUGUCUAGUGAUAUUCUUUCUACAGCAAUUGAGACAACCGAUAUUACCCUCAAUUGGUUCUCUUGUCAAAGCUGCCGAUGCCGAUGAUUUUCGUGUCACCGAAGAUGGUAUUAAUUGCACAUUUGUUCGAGAUUUGGAACGUUUGAAUUUCCAGAGUCGAAACACAAGUAAAUUAAGUGAACUGCUGUUGCAGUUCUUUGAGUUUUAUUCCCAAUUCGAUUUCCACAAUCGUGCCAUAUCGCUCAAUGAGGCGAGAUCUUUGGCCAAACCCGAUCAUUCGGCCAUCUAUAUAGUAAAUCCGCUGGAACAAUUACUAAAUGUUAGCAAGAAUGUAAGUCUAGAGGAAUGUGAACGCUUGCGCAUUGAGGUGAGGAAUGCUGCCUGGCUUCUGGAAUCCGAGGUGGAGAAUUCAUCAUCAGUUAAGGAAGGAAAUGAGCAUCCGGAAACAAUUUGGGGCUUACUGAAUCUAUUUAAGCAUCCCGAAAAGACCAUUGUACGACCGAAUAUGUUUUUCAAGCCUCGCAUGGUCGAGGUCAGUGAUCUAUUUGAGAAUGGCAUGUCGCCGACUGGCACGCCACCAGCCGGAGUGACAUAUAAAAACCCUUCAAUACGCCAGCAAGUCCAGAACAUAAAAGCAUCGACAAGAAAUGAACUGAAACAAAUGCGAGGCUCUUCAUCUUCCGCAACUUCAGCAUCAGCGGCAGCUGCAUCAUCAUCCUCAUCAGCGCCCACAAGCAGCAAAAACAAGCGCUCUAGAUGAUCACUCGGCAUUAUUUUUCACUUGCUCGGCUUGUGUGUAAAUACUUAGAAUAGGUUUUAGCAUAUAUUUUGACCGCUUAGCCAACUAUUACCAAUAAUUGUUGUUCAUUUAAUUGUGUAAGUUUAGCUUUAAGUAGAAGUUCUAGUAUCGAAACGGAGGUUAAUUUCAUUGUUAAGUAGAGAACACUUGUUUUAUUGUUUUUUAAUAAAUAAAACCAAAGUCCUUUUUUGAAUAUAA